GUUCGUAUAAUGACCCUGUCACGAUGUGUCUGGCAAUGCCUCACAUUCUUCACAGAGACCUUAAUCUGAUGGGCAUUGCGCUGCAUAUUGUGUGAACUAUGUGGGCGAUGUCUGAAAAUAGGGGCUCCACUGUUUCUUUGCUCCAAGCAUCGAUGCACGAUGGUGCUCCAUAUCCUCUGUGCUAUAGUGUGUCCUUGGAAAAGCUAUUGCUGCCAUGGAGAGCCAUCACAAAGCCUCCUUGUCGCAGCACCUUCCCUUGUUUGCCCCUAUAUUCAUAGGUGCACAAUUUCAAUCUCAUCUUGCCUCGUUGCGGGGCAUACAGAAAUUUGGUUGAUUACUAGUCUUUCUUUUUACUCGCUGCACUCGCAAUUAAUUACUCUUUCUGCUAGAUGUCAUCUUUGGAUGCUAUUUCUUCUUUCGUUGUUCGUAUGCUUCUUCAAUGGGUUUUGUAUAAUGACCCCAUCUUCGCUCUUUGAUGCUAUCUCUCCCUCUUCCUCUUUGCAGGCUGCCGAGCCUUUUCACUGUAUACAGAAAGAAGGCAUCGCACAUCUCCACAUUUCACACCCUAGUAUACUGUCCUUAUCGUUGCUCCCCACGUCGUUCAUGAUGCUACACUGGCGAUGCUCUAUACAAAUGCCAUGGUGUCCCCACAUUGGGGUCCUUACACUGUGAUGUCUUUCCUUCUGGUACAUAUUAUGCA